CUUCAAUAAGAAGUCAUGUCAUCAAGAAUCUCAAGUGGAAAAAGUCAGGGUAUCAUCCAAGCCUACAAGAGUGGCAUAACCCUCCAGGGAAACACCACUAGCCUGGGCAGGUGGGACUACAGUGGGUCUUUCUUCUUCUCCAUCUCUGCAAUAACAACCAUUGGCUAUGGGAACCUGAGCCCCAGCACUGCAGUUGGUCGAAUCUUCUGCAUCGUGUUUGCCCUUUUUGGAAUUCCCUUGAACCUCAUACUCCUGAAUGAAAUUGGGCAGCUGAUGCUGCUUGGGGUUCAGCAUUGUGCCCAUCGCCUAGAGGAGGUGUUUCAUUGGCAGAAUAAAGCUUCUUUCCUGAUGAAGACCUGUGCACUGGUAACUGGCUUGUUAUUGUUCCUCUUGCUACCUCCCUUGUUAUUCUCUGACAAAGAAGGCUGGUCUUAUGAAGAAGGCUUCUACUAUUCCUUUAUUACCCUCAGCACUAUAGGGUUUGGAGAUUAUGUGGUUGGGAUGAACCCAGAUCGCACCUAUCCAAGGUGGUACAAGAAUGUAAUCUCUCUGUGGAUCCUCUUUGGGAUGGCCUGGCUAGCGCUGGUUAUCAAAUUUUGCAUCAACCUUCUAGAGAGCUCCAGUGACUUCUGUCAAUGCAACAAGAAGAGCACCGAGACAGCAGAAGACUUAAUGGAUGGUAAUAAAAAUAGUACAACAGGGCUUCACAGUGUGGACAUCUGCAAUGACAAAGACAGAAAAACAAAAGGACCGAGUGAAUCUCAUACCUACACAGCUCCUGCAGAAGCUCUUUAGGGAAGAAAUAUACCCUUGGUGUCCUGUAGGUUUCAGUGCACUAGAGAGAUGCACCAUUUAGAAAUGAGGGAGUGGAGCUGUCCUGACCUUCACAUGGGAUGAAAGCUUGCCUAUCGGCCUUGAAAUGCUUCUGUUCUGCAUUGUGCAAUGGCAAUAGAAUGUUUCAUUUCCAGCACCACCAAGAAUUACCAACAGGACUCCUAGCCAAAGGUAGAUUUAUGGAGAUAUUACCUGCCCUCCCACCUCAAGAUAUGAAGUAACCUUUGACAUCCAUUUACAACAUCAUCUGUUGUCCUGUUCCUUGCAUGCAAAGUUCUUGCAGCCUCUGGUCGCUGUGUCUGUGUCUGCCAGUGUGUGGCAUUUUGCAAAUGCUGCAGCUAGAAAACCAAGUGCCAUUUAAUGAAGGAAACAAACAGCAUGCUGCUAAAAGACUUAAAGAAAAGCACUAUUUAAAGGUAUUUGUCAGUCACGUGCACCAUCACCUAUAUACUUGUGCUUGUGAAAGGUGGCAACAAGCUUUUGCUCUCUUAUCACUAGUACAUGGAUGGCAAUGAGACAGAGCUUGUGGAGGUGUUCAGUAGAAACAGAUAAUUCAGGUUUUUUUAAAGCAGUUUCUACAUCAGAGGUCCUCUAAUAUUAAAAAGAGACUAGGUCAGAACUUACGUAGGUUCAUCCUUUGUAAAGUAUUAUGUAGACCAAAUAUCAUCAGCAAUUCAUUUAGAUAGAUAAUUUUGCCUCAUCUUGGAAGUCAGAAAAGGAUGACUUGAGGCAUUUUAAGUGGCAGUGGUUCCAACAUUAUCCUGUGGCCAGUGUUAACAAGGACUACUUUAAUCUAGAAACAGAUUGAAGUAUCUUCAACUGUGAUCAAGAGAUGCUGUUUUGGUGAACUUCUCGUGUUAUAUAUUAAUAGUGUACUACUUCUAUCUAACAUCUUCUAUAUAAUCACAACUAUCUGAUCUGUGGAAUGCCAGACCUUCUUAUUUGGCCUUUGUGUCAGUCAUGAAACAGAACAUUUUGGGGUUUUUUAAUUCCAUUAAAUUCUCAAAAAUCAUCUGAUACAUUGUGUCAUUGAUAAAGGCACAACAGAGUCUAAGUCAUGCUGCCAUUUGUAUUCCCAUAUCUAGUCUUCUGAUUUUCUUAUUCCUGUUGUGCUACUUGCAUCCUAGAACAUUAACUUUGAAAACUUGACCAUAGCAGCAAACCAGAAUGAAGCAUUUGGGUGAGCCUUCAGAUUUGCAUUGAACCCAAAUUCCAUGUGAAUGAUAAAGACCGAAAACUCAGUCCAUUGGAGUAUGCGACUCAGGAAUUAAAAAUAUCCAUAGCUAUAUUCACAGAAAUGUGAGUGAAAAGUUUACAGUCUUCAGGAACACAAACCUGGAAGAUAUAUUGUGAAAAAAGUGUUUCCACGUAUAGGCCAGUCUGAAUAUUGAUAAUGUGGUGGAACUGAUUACAGGAGAAAAUGCUGGAAAGAAAUCAGCUGGGUGAAAUUUAGUCUGUCAACCUUUUGCUGAUUGCAUAGUAGUAAAUAUUCUCUCAAAUACUGUUUGAAUAGGCAGCAAAGAUCAGGAAGGGAGGCAGUGAACAUCUUGGA